UAGAACGAUGAAGAAGCACGGAGCCUACACGGAAUGGGCUGAUGCGUACUCCUGCUCCCGUCACCGGUGCCAACCAGGCGGCCGCAACCUUGCCGUAUACACAGUCGGCUGCAAACACGUGGAAGCUCCAGAGUCAGCGUUGGAGUGUGAGGAGGUGGUUGAAGAUACAAACAUGCAGUUCCCUUUCUGCUGUACCAGACUCAGAUGUCUGGUCUUGGUCCGUGGUGAGGUAUGGACCAGGGUGCUAGGACAACCCUGGGAGACUCUACCAGCUGCACCUUGGAGUCACAUGUAUAAGAUGAAGAAACCUCCACCUAGUGAUGAUGGACCAUUCUUACCCAAAAACCCUAAUGAGGGACCCAUCUACGAGUUGACAGACCAGGAUGGGGCGCAGGAGAAAAUCCUCAGAGCCAGCAAGAAGACCAUAAAGUCACAUGACUUCAACGCCACUCCACGAGCAGUUCCAGCGCCAGAUAUUUUUAUCGCCUUAUCAACGAAUAGCGAUCAGAAGGGACAUAAUAAAGAAUUUAAGAAAUCUGAAAAAGUUCGGCAUAAACGGACCCGAGUGCAACCGUCAAACUCGUACGAUGAUGAUGCUGCAGAGCAUCACAAAGACCUGGAGAACGAGGAGCUAGCCACAGAAAAGGCUCAAUUAACUACUCUGGAAUCGUCUGAAGAGAAAUACAAAACGAAUGACAACAGGGUGACGCCAAACGUGGACCAUAAGAACCAACAUCACCAAGUCGCAUGGACGGAAAUACCUCAGAACCAGUGGAAUGAAGACGACCCAACUUGGGGGGCAAUUACUGCACCAAAGGUUGGGCUCUCACAUGAAAACGUCUACCAUCAAUCCGAAGUUGAAGCUGAGAAGAAAGAAGAGAAAUCACCCAAUCUCCAAGCUCUGGUAGACGCUAUCGGCACGAGGAUGAGGGAUAUAGAGAAUGUGGUGCAGAGGAUGAGUGAGAAGGUACAAGAGGCUAAGCCGGGAGAGGGAGCAGAGGCCAGCGCUGAAAAGAAGGUGUCAUCAGAUUCAGAGGGAUCACUGUAUGUGAAGCAUCAUAAGACAGACCAUGGGAAGGAAUUCAAGCCAAAAAGUCCGAGUCCUGACGCUGGACACUAUAAGAGGUUCUCAGUUCGCAGCCGUAGCAAGUACAUCCACAGCACUGCAGACGCCACCACAGAGCAGCCACUCUUCGUUGAAGACACCAACGUGAAUGGUUACUUCAGUGAUGCCAGUAACAGCGUAUUGAGAAGAUCCGAUACUCCAAAGGAACUAGCACCGACCUACAUGGCACCGGUCGAGACCAGGCGGAAGAGUCACGCCAGCGUCUCCGACUCCUCAACCGAGGUGAAGACACACAAGAAGCAUUCCCAUAAGAAGAAGCGAGGGAAAGGCAAAAACCAUAAGAAACACCAUAAAGACGAGAAGAGAAAACGCUUGAAUAGGUUGAAUACUGUGGAGUUGGACACGAAUGUUGUGUCUUUGGAAGACAGCAGCGAUGUAACUGCCAAAUGAAUUGUUCCUUAGUCUAUUCAAUUAAUUAUAAUUAGGUAUGAUGAUAACAAUAAACUUCUACAAGUAUUGUACCCAAAACACUUGAAAAUAGUUUGCAAACAUUAAAUCAUCAUCUUCAUCUUCC